AUGGCACCAGCCCCUUGGGAUGCAGUUCCAGCCGAAAACACCUUGUUCGUCUUGGUGACGGGCGGGAAUAGCGGCAUUGGUUUUGGCAUCGGCGAACGCCUUAUCGACGAGUACCUCACCACCCGCUCUCUCUCCUCGCAUCUCGUUGUGAUCCCCACUACGCGAAGCAUCAAGAAGUCACAAGAAACGAUCGACGGCCUCCGGAAACAUGCUAGAGAAUUUGCGGAAACAUCAACAGCUCUCCGUGCUCGCGCGGGGCCGAACUACGACCCGAAGCAGACCACGCGGCGAGUCCACAUCCUCAGCGUUCAACUCGACUUAUGCAACCUACCCUCCGUCCGCCGAUGCGCGAACCAGCUCGUUUCCGGAACUGUCAGUAGUCCCAGCGACGACAAUGAUUUCGUGUCUAUCUCGGACGCCAAGAUUCCGCGCCUAGAUUCCAUCAUCUUCAAUGCCGGAAUGGGAGGCUGGUAUGGACUCAACUGGCCCAAGGUCUUCCACAACAUCCUCACCAAGGGUCUCGUCAACGCCACGACAUGGCCAACCUUCAAGGGCGGCCUAAGUGGGCACAAGAUCGACCCAAUCAAGGGGACAAAGGGGGAGAAAGGCACGGAGCAGAUGGGCGAGGUCUUUUGCGCCAACGUGUUCGGGCACUACGUCUUCGCACAGCGGCUCGUGCCGCUCCUGACGCGCGCUACCGACAGCACCCUGCCACCGGGCCGCAUCAUCUGGGAAUCCAGCGUGGAGGGCGACUGGGAGAGCCUAUCACAAGACGAUUUCGAAGCGGUCAAGACCGAAGCCGCGUACGAAUCCACCAAGCGCCUAACCGACCUCAUGGCGCUGACAGCCACGCUCCCGACCUCCCAGCCCUCCGUCGCCAAAUACCUCAACACGACCAGCACCACCCCAAAAACCCGCCCCCCCAAAAUCUACCUCGUCCACCCGGGCGUCGUCCAAACCACGCUCUUCCCGCUCAACGCCUUCAUGUUCUUCUGGUACAACAUCGUGCUCUACGUCGCGCGGUGGCUGGGCUCGCCGUGGCACCCGAUCACGGCGUACAACGGGGCGUGCGCGCCCGUGUGGGUGGCGCUGCAGGAGCAGGGGUGGCUGGACGGGGCGCGGGCGGAGCGCGUCAAGUGGGGGACCAGCACGGACCGGGCGGGCGAGUGCCGCGUCAAGAAGACCGAGGUGGACGGCUGGGGGUGGGAAGGCCGCGUCGAGGAGGUGCGCGCGCUGAAGCAGGAGCACAAGCUCACGGGGCGGCGGCCCGGCGCGGUGGAUGCGACGGCGGAGACGCUGGCGGGGUUUGAGGAGCUGGGGGCUGAGUGUUGGAGGAAAAUGGAGGAGUUGAGGGAGCGGUGGGAGAAGAGGGCGGAUGCGGCUGAGGCCGGGCGGUCGUGA